AUGUCAAAUUAUGCUUAUGGUGGCGGUGGUCCUGGUCAAUAUGGUGGUGGAGGUGCUACUGAUAUAAGACUUCUACCAGGGAAUUACGAUAACUUUACAUCAUUGAAAAGUCGUAUUAUCGUUGCAGCUGGUGCAGGAGGUCUAGAUUCAGGGGACUUUGGAGGUCCAGGUGGAACUCUUGAAGGAUAUGAUAGUCAAUAUAAUCAUGGAAAAGGAGGUACACAAAUUUCUCCUGGUCAAGGAUACGUUAAUGGACAAUUUGGAAAAGGUGGAGGAAAUUCUGGUUUAAUAGGUGGAUCCGGAAAUGGAUCAGGAGGAUCUGGAUAUUUUGGCGGGGGUUCUUCUGAUAUUAUUGAUAAUUAUGGCGGUGGUGGAGGUAGUAGCUUCAUCAGUGGUCAUGAAGGUUGUGUUGCAGUAAAUGAAGAUUCACCAGAAAAUCCAAUGACAUUUCGAUCAGGAAAAUAUAUCUCUGUUCAUUAUUCAGGAUUGAAAUUCGAACACACACAAAUGAUUGAUGGUCAAAGUCAAAUGUUUUCACCUAGUGGAAGUCUUGAAACAGGUCAUUAUGGCAAUGGUUUCAUUCGAAUUACACAAUUCCCUACAUUCAUUAACUCUUGUAUUCAAAAUAUUUAUUUCUCUUUUCUCCAUUCUUUUAUUUCUGGAUUUUCUUUAUUUAUCUUUUCUUCUUAUUAA